UCCGUACUCUGGUGAGGAAAGAUGGCGGCCACCCUGAUGCGGAGGCUCCCUGGACUUUUGAGGUUCUCCGCCUCUGCCUGCACCAGAACCACCAGAGUCUCUCAGCUCUCCACCCUCAUCCAGACACCGCAUCUCUGCACGUCUCCCCGCGCAGCUGCCAGUGCUCUACAUCGGCCUGCUGUCUGUCUCAACAUCUUACAACGAGUCAGGGAUCUGAUUCCUCCUGUGACUCAGCAGCCAAUCAGAACGCUGACCUACGUCAGCCUGAAGAAGGGGAAGAGAAAGAGCGUGAAGUCGGUGACUCAGCGAUUCAUGAGGUUGCACAGCGGACUUUGGAUUCGUCGCCAGGCGGGGUACAAGAAGAAAUUGUGGCAGAAGAGCCUGGCCCGGAAGCGGCGCCUCAGGCAGCACGUGUUCUGCAACAAGACUCAGAGUAAAAUGUUGGACAAAAUGACCGGCAAAUAUUGGAAACGCCGGAACUGGUACGUAGACGAUCCGUACCUGAAGUACCACGACCGGGUCAACCUCAAACUGUAGAUGGAUAUCUGUUCUAAUAUGUUAUCAUUAAAAUGUAUUUGUCAAUGCUGAUGUUUUGUUAUUGU